AUGCCCCUGCAGAGACCUGGCUGUCUGAAGCUGUACCCUGCCUGGAGGGCCAUGCAGCCCCGGCUGGGCGUAGGCCUGGGUCUGGGCCUGGACCUCACCUUCCUGCUGUGGAUACUGAGCCUAGCACAGCAGGCCCUGGUCACGGCCUCUCAGAAACUGGACGAGACGGACCCCGUGGUCACCACAGUCUACGGCAAACUGAGGGGCGUCAAGAAGGAGCUCAACAAUGAGAUCCUGGGACCCGUCAUCCAGUUCCUGGGGGUGCCUUAUGCCGCACCUCCCACGGGCGAGAGGCGCUUCCAGCCCCCAGAGCCACCCAUCUUUUGGCCGGAGGUCCGCAACGCUACGCAGUUCGCCCCGGUCUGCCCCCAGACCAUCGUGGAGGGGCGUCUGCCGGACGUCAUGCUGCCUGUGUGGUUUACUAACAACCUGGAGAUAGUGUCUUCUUACGUACAGGACCAGAGCGAGGACUGCCUUUUCUUAAACAUAUAUGUUCCCACUGAGGAUGUAAAAAGAAUAUCGAAGGAAUGUGCCAGGAAACCGGGCAAGAAAAUAUGUAGACAAGGAGACAUCCGUGAAAGCGGCAGCCCUAAGCCUGUGAUGGUAUUUAUCCAUGGGGGAUCCUACAUGGAGGGCACUGGGAAUAUGUUUGACGGCAGCAUCUUGGCAAGUUACGGCAAUGUUAUCGUCAUCACAGUGAACUAUCGGCUUGGAGUAUUAGGUUUCUUAAGCACAGGGGACCAAGCUUCCAAGGGAAACUAUGGACUUCUUGAUCUGAUCCAAGCCCUGCGCUGGACUAGCGAGAAUAUUGCUUUCUUUGGUGGUGACCCUUUACGAAUAACAGUUUUCGGAUCAGGGGCUGGCGCCUCCUGUGUCAACCUCCUGACCCUGUCCCAUUAUUCUGAAGGUAACCGUUGGAGCAAUUCAACCAAAGGGCUUUUCCAGAGAGCUAUAGCACAGAGUGGCACUGCGUUGUCCAGCUGGGCAGUCAGCUUCCAGCCUGCUAAGUACGCUCGCAUGUUGGCCAAGAAGGUGGGCUGCAACCUGAAGGACACGGUGGACCUGGUGGAGUGUCUGCAGAAGAAGCACUACAAGGAGCUGGUGGACCAGGACAUCCAGCCAGCCAGGUACCAUAUCGCCUUCGGGCCUGUCAUUGACGGAGAUGUGAUCCCAGACGACCCCCAGAUCCUCAUGGAGCAGGGCGAGUUCCUCAACUAUGACAUCAUGCUGGGCGUCAACCAGGGUGAGGGCCUGAAGUUUGUGGAGCUCAUCGUAGACAACGAGAACGGCGUCCAGGCCAAUGAUUUUGACUACGCCGUGUCCAGCUUCGUGGACGACCUGUAUGGUUACCCGGAGGGCAAAGACAUUCUGCGUGAGACCAUAAAGUUCAUGUACACGGACUGGGCUGAUAAACACAACCCAGAGACCAGGAGGAAGACCCUACUAGCUCUGUUCACUGACCACCAGUGGGUGGCUCCGGCCGUGGCCACAGCAGACCUCCACUCCAGCUUUGGGUCACCAACGUACUUCUACGCCUUCUACCACCACUGCCAGACAGAGCAGGUGCCCCCGUGGGCAGACGCAGCCCACGGUGACGAGAUCCCCUAUGUGUUUGGCCUGCCCAUGAUUGGUCCCACAGAACUGUUCCCCUGUAACUUCUCCAAGAACGAUGUCAUGCUCAGUGCUGUGGUGAUGACUUACUGGACAAAUUUUGCCAAAACUGGUGACCCUAACCAGCCUGUCCCCCAGGAUACCAAGUUCAUCCACACUAAGCCUAACCGUUUCGAGGAGGUGGCGUGGACUCGCUACAACCAGAAAGACCAGCUGUACCUCCACAUCGGCCUGAAACCCCGCGUCAAGGAGCACUACCGGGCCAACAAGGUCAACCUGUGGCUGGAGCUGGUGCCCCACCUCCACAGCCUGAACGAGGUCACCCAGAUAAUCUCCACCACCACCAAGGUCCCCCCACCGGAGGUCACGCCCAGGACACCAAAGAAGAUCCCUGUCAACACCAAGAGGCCUAACCCUAUGCCAUUCCCCACCGAGACUCAGGACAGUCAGAAUCAGCCCUUCCUGGUGGAUCAGAGGGACUACUCCACUGAGCUGAGUGUCACCAUCGCUGUGGGUGCCUCGCUGCUCUUCCUCAACAUCCUGGCCUUCGCUGCCCUCUACUACAAGAAGGACAAGCGGCGGCACGACGUCCACCGGCGCUGCAGCCCCCAGCGCAACACGACCAACGACCUGGCUCACACACAGGAGGAGGAGAUCAUGUCCCUGCAGAUGAAGCACACAGACCUGGACCACGAGUGCGACGCCAUGCAUCCACACGAGGUAGUUCUGAGAACUGCCUGCCCGCCAGACUACACGCUAGCCAUGCGCCGCUCCCCCGACGACAUCCCCCUCAUGACCCCCAACACCAUCACCAUGAUCCCCAACACCAUGCAGGGCCUCCAGUCAUUGCACAACUUCAACACCUUCCCCAGUAGUGCACAGAACAACACCCUGCCUCACACCCUGCCCCACCCACACUCACACUCCACCACCAGGGUAUAG